GCUGGGAUUAAAGCCUUGGCAUCGAGAAGGUGGCCCCACGGCGGGUCAGUCGGGGCCCAUUGAGCUAAUUAACGCUAACGAGGCGGUUCAGGUGUGCGUGACGUGCUGCUCGCGGGACGCCAUGCUGCGCAUCGACCGCAUCUGCCACCAAAAUGGCGUCAAGUUCUUCGCCGGCGACGUCUUCGGUUACCACGGCUACGCCUGCGCCGACCUGGGGGAGCACGACUUCGUCGAGGAGAAAACGAAAGUGGCCAAAGGCAACAGCGCUGCGGUGGAGGAUGGACCUGGCGCCAAGAGGGCGAAGCUGGACGCUGCCGAGACCACCAUGGUGAAAAAACGCAUCCAUUUCUGCCCGUUGAAGGAUGCUCUGAACCCGGACUGGAGCAGCGAACAGAUGCAGGCAGUGCUCAAACGCACCUCCCCCGACUUCUUCCUCCUCCAAGUGCUGCUGCAGUUCCGCACCGAUGCCGGACGAGACCCCCAACCCCAGCGCUAUGCUGAGGACUGCGAGAGGCUGCUGAGCAUCCGGGGGGGGCUGCCGGGGGCUGGGGUGCUGCCUGACACCUUUGUGGG